GCUCAUUCCUUCAGGAUGGAGCUGGACGGGCUGGACCUCCAGCAGGUCCCGGUUCUGUCGCUCGACCAGAUCCGUGCCAUCCGGGCCAACAAUGACUAUGUGGAGCGGCCCGUGGCGCUGGAACCGGCGACCCAGACCGGAUUUUUUUAUGCCCAUGAAGACCGUUACCCUCAUGGAGUAUACACGCAUCACCCCCAGCACUCCUUCCACUCCGCCCUCCCCCGCAGCCAAAGUCAGCAGCAGCACGCUCACCUGUCCCACCUGAGCCGUUCCAGUACCAUAAGCUCGUCCAUUUCUCGGACCAGUGCCACGUCAGACCAGCGGCUUCUGGCAGGUCUGACGCCGUCUCACUCUGGGUUAGGCUCAGUGGUCCGUUCUCAACCCAAAGGAGAACUCAAACCCGAUACUUCCUUCGGUAAAGGCCUGACGGAGGGCGAGGUCGAGCUCGGCCUUCAUCAGUUCAUCUGCGAGAGCUGCGGUCGCUGCAAGUGCCAAGAGUGCUGCGCCCCCCGCCGCCUGCCCUCCUGCUGGGCCUGUGGGCAGCGCUGCCUGUGCUCUGCUGAGAGCGCUGUGGAGUACGUCACUUGCUUGUGUUGCGUUAAAGGCUUGUUCUAUCACUGCUCCGCCCAGGACGACGAGGACAACUGCGCCGACCGGCCCUGCUCCUGUACGGCAGCCCAUGCCUGUGCCCGCUGGGGCACGAUGGGGCUGCUGGCGCUCUGCCUUCCCUGCCUCUGCUGCUAUUACCCCGCCAGGCUGUGCCUUGCCAUGUGCCAGUGUGCCCACGACCGGGCCACGCGCCCCGGCUGCAGGUGCAGCAACACCAACACUGUGUGCCGCAAGAUUUCUGCCUCUAACCCCAACUCUGGUCACCCCUCGCUCCGCAGCAAAGCACUGGAGAAGCCAUUAUGACAGGCUUGGAUGGGGACCAGGUAAAUCCGCUUCUCCUCAGCCGUGGCCAAAGCAACGCUGUCGCCAAUCAACAGUGCCACAGCUGACAUUGUGACGACAAUGCCAUUGUGACCUACCUACCUAGAUAUGACAAGCCAACUAACCAAUCAACCGUGAAGUGUUGUUCACCUAAUGUACCUUGAAUUUACUUAUUCUCCACCUCAGGAGGGACCAAAGCUUUACUGUGCCUGUUCAUAUUGGAGACUUCAAGCCGAAAAAAAACUAGAACUCGCCCUGGAGGAGGAAGCUGUCGUGCUCUGCUGCACCGCCCGUCAACCUGAACCAGGGCUUCCAGACAGAAAUCACCUCUCUCUGCAUUCUGUGGCGUAGUGCGAACGUCUUAAAAUCUAUUUAUUUAAUGUUGCACCUCUGUCCUUCUCACCCUUUGCAAAGACAACGCACAGAGACAAGUGAGGCAACGAGUCAGGAUGGACAGACGCCUGUGCUGGUGUGUACGGUCUUUGCCCGACAGUUUCUGUCCUCUUGAAUCGGAACAAGCGUUAGAGACAGAGACAUUCCGACGACUCCACAAAGGCUGAAGUCCAACGAACGAAGACACCGACGUGGUGCUGCAGAGAAAGUCUGACCGGGACUCUGAGCGAAGCACCGAGCUACGAAGUGGGAACAAAGACACUUGCAACAACCGUCUGACACCAAAAAGGGACCAUGCACUGUACGAGCUGUGUGAACCUCCAUGCUAUGAAGCUCAUUUGUAAAGGAAACGCACUGUGAGGUAGAUGGACAUGUUUUCCUCAAAAGCCAAGGAGCUGAAUGGGGAUUAUUUAACUGGA